UACAACGAGAGAGGAGAGAGAGAGAGAGAGCGAGAGAGAGCAAGCAAUAGGAAGGGGAGUUUAAACUAAGUGCUAUGUUUUGGGACAGCUAAUCUGCUAGCGAGCAGUUUGAGGAUCGGAGCGUAUUGUGUGAGCCAGUGUGCGGGGGACAGAUAAGGCAGCACGCCAGCCCGCCAAGCCAACCUACCGACUUCUCGUGUUAAUGUGCUGACUCCUGGGAGAUUUAAAAAAGAAAAAGAAGAAAAAGAGAGAAAAAUAUUGACUCAAGACGUGUGCGGGGAUCCUGGACAGAAACAUUAUUGCAGCGACAGCCAACAGAGCUCAUUUGAAAAACAGGAGAGCGCGAUAAAGAAAGGCAAAAUAAAGGACUUAAUAGUGAUUCCUCCAGAUUUUUUUCCUGCUUGUUUUUUUUUUUUUUUUAUUGCUUGAUUUUUUUUUAGUUAAUUUUUUUUCUGCUUCUGGGACUGACUCCCAUCCUUAGCAAAGAAAAAGGGAGGAAAGAACUAAGGAGGAAGCUGACACGAAGAGGACAGAGAAAAAAAAGUACCGAAUUUCACCAUGUUCGAAAUAAGCCGAACACUCAACGCUGCUUUGCUGAGCAACGAGCAUCUCAAGAUGAUGGCGAGGUACGGGCAGCUCUCGGGACUAGCAGCCAGUGGCGUGGGCUCCGUCCCCGAGUCGCACUCGCCGCUAUUUCCCAGGGAUCUCCCGUCAUCGCCCGCCCAGACGGGCUACAGGUCAUCCCUGGGGUCGACAGAGACACAGUGGCGUCAGGCAGAGCUCCCGCAGCUCCAGGGCUGGGCAGAGAAGGGAUUGCUGACACAGCCAAAGAUGAUCAUCAGUAACAUGGAGGCUCCGGUGACAAACGGACCAAGCGGAGGAGGCAACACAGCCAACGGCCCAACCACUAACAGCCGCGGCUGCCCCUCGCCCAUGCAGACCGGGCCGACAAACGACGACAGCAAGACCAACCUCAUUGUCAACUACCUGCCACAGAACAUGACCCAGGAGGAGUUCCGCAGCCUCUUCGGUAGCAUCGGAGAGAUUGAAUCCUGCAAACUGGUCCGCGACAAGAUUACAGGUCAGAGUCUGGGCUACGGCUUUGUCAACUACAUCGAUCCAAAGGACGCAGAGAAAGCCAUCAACACGUUAAAUGGACUCCGACUUCAGACCAAAACGAUCAAGGUCUCGUAUGCGCGACCCAGCUCGGCUUCGAUCCGUGACGCCAACCUGUAUGUGAGCGGCCUGCCCAAGACCAUGACCCAGAAAGAGCUGGAGCAGCUCUUCUCGCAGUACGGACGCAUCAUCACCUCCCGCAUCCUUGUCGACCAGGUCACAGGCGGCUCCCGGGGUGUGGGCUUCAUCCGCUUUGAUAAGAGGAUAGAGGCUGAGGAGGCCAUCAAAGGCCUCAACGGACAGAAGCCAUCGGGCGCGGCUGAGCCCAUCACGGUCAAGUUCGCCAACAACCCCAGCCAGAAGACCAGCCAGGCCCUCCUGUCGCAACUCUACCAGUCUCCCAACCGCCGAUACCCCGGGCCCCUCCACCACCAGGCUCAGAGGUUCAGGCUGGACAAUUUGCUUAAUAUGGCCUAUGGCGUAAAGAGGUUUUCGCCCAUCACCAUCGACAGCAUGACCAGCCUGGUGGGCAUGAACAUCCCCGGGCACACCGGCACCGGUUGGUGCAUCUUCGUCUACAACCUGUCCCCAGAUUCGGACGAGAGCGUGCUUUGGCAGCUCUUCGGGCCCUUCGGUGCCGUCAACAACGUCAAGGUGAUCCGUGACUUCAACACCAACAAGUGCAAAGGUUUCGGCUUCGUCACCAUGACAAAUUACGACGAGGCGGCCAUGGCCAUCGCCAGUCUCAACGGUUACAGGUUGGGUGACCGCGUCCUGCAAGUCUCCUUCAAGACUAACAAGACCCACAAGUCCUGAACUCGAACCAGGUAGAAGCAGAUGCAGCUCUGUCGCGCUCCAAAAUCACCCCAGCCCCUCCUCAGAUCUUCACCAUUCCCCCAGCUCCACCUCUCCCUUCUGCCCCUCCAGUCACCACCCCUACCACAACCCUCCACUGGAACAUGAAGCAACCAUCCAACCCAAUUGAACUAGAAAUGGCUUAUAUCAUAACUUUGGACCUAUAAGCCAAUGUUGCCUAAGUAUUCAAAAAAAAAAAUGAUGAAAAUGUUCAUGCGUUUUGGGAAGUCCCUGAGAAAAUGUAGGCUUCUGUUGUAUAUGCUUUCUGUUUUGUUCUGGUUGCUCAAAUGAGUUUUCUCUUCUAUGUAAACAGUAGCAAACCUACCCCCCACCCCCCUCCGGCCCCUCAAUUUUAGUGAAGAGAAUAUCCUUUUUAGACCACUGUCUCGAUUCAGGAUUAGCUUUUCUUUUGUGUAUCCGGAACCCACUGUCGUUAGUAUCCUGUGAACCUCCCAGUCACUUUAAGGGAGGGGGCUCUUUUUUAACAAUUGGUGAACCAUUCAUUCAUUUGUAGUUGUAUUCAAAGAUCCCCUUAAAUGAUUCUAGAUGGGAUUUCACACUCCCACCGAUUCUGACGUAGUAGAAAAAAAAGGAAAAAAAAAAGACUUUCUAAUGUUGUUUUUGUUUUGUAUCGCAAACAAAACAUAAUGUCUUUUCCUCACAGGGAGAUGGGGUGCGGGUGGGGGAUGGGUUAGCGUUCCUGAUGACACAUUCAGUAAUUUAAGAAAAAAGAAAAAAAAAUAACACUGUUGCCAAAGAGAAGAUCUCUUUGCUUGGGAAAAAAAAUGCGUUUCGAAAAAAAAAAACAUAAAAAAAUAAAUAGAAAGAAGAAUCUAUUUUUAUAAAUGAUAAUUAAAAUAAGAAUUAUUGAGAAAUUUUUACAAGAAUCUGGAUUUGAAAAAAGAGAAAAAUAUUUUGACUGGCUAACUGGGAGGGGGGAGGGGGGCACCACCUUGUCUUGUCGUUCUGCCAAUGGUACUUUCUAGGCUCAGCGCUGGGAAGCCACGGUGGCGGCAGCGAUUUUCUAGAUGGAAGGUUUUGUGAAAAAGGAAACCAAGGCAGGUGAUUUUGGUAAUUUUUCACACAUGUACGUACUAGUGCUUAAUUAUUCAAUACCCACAAGGGAAAGGGAGAGGGUAACCAUCCUUAUCGUCCAGAGCCCAAAGCAAGGAGACCCUUUGUCUGCUUCUUUUCCUGUUAUCGUCAACAGUCCAUAUGGGGUAUCAGUAACUACAUAUGUGCACAUCAAUCCAUUCGGAAAAGCAUACUCUUCAUGAUAUUGUUUCUCUUUGCUCUGCAUUUGUGUGCAAACUUCCUUUUAGCGAUCAACAGUAGGUGCUAUACUACAUUAUUCACAUAUCUUAACUAUCCGAGUUGGUUGUUCUAUGUGUUGUUUCAAAAAAACAAACAAACAAAAAAAAAAAACAUUUACUCUGUUGGCAUUGAAUUGGGCUUAUUUGUCUAUUGUUGGCGCUCAAAUAGUCUUGCGAGACUAUUUCGUUGCAGAGAAACCAGAUCAACUCAUUUGGGUAGGAGAAAAAAUUACAUAUAUAUAUAUAUAUAUAUAUAUAUAUGAAAAAAAAGUCACUGAACAAAUUUUAUUUAUUUCUUUUGCUUUGGGUUUUGUUUGGGGGGGCUUGCUGGCUUUUGCGUUACUUGCUGAUCGUGAAGCUUUUGUCCAAACUUAACGAUGAUUAGCUAGUUCCUUUAGUCGAGAUAUUUGUUUCCUGAAAAGGCGAUCUAUGACUACUGUGUCUUUCUUUGCUCUGUACAAAUAGAUGAUCUAUCUCUCUCUCAAUAUAAAUAUAUAUAUAUCUAUAUAUACAUAGUCAACAUUUGUUUUACAAUAUCUACUGUAUUAUCUGAGUUGUCACUGUUCUUUAGUUGGAGCUUGUCUUUUUCAUAUGGCAACUUAUUAUGAAGUGGUGGUUCAGUUACUUAGAAAAACUUUGUGAGGAAACUGUUCAAUUGUCGUCAUGUUGCUUGUGGAGAAAAAAAAAAAAAGAAGAAAAGGUUUGGAUUAACUUUACGUUCCUGCCGCGGCAAAAAAAAGAAACCGAACAAAAAGCUUUGAAUAUAAGUGUGUUUGGAUUUACUGAUCUAUUUUUGUUCCACUAUUUAUUUUUUCUAUUUAUUUCUAUUUAUUAUGUAUUUAUGAACCACUUAAUUUAUCUGUGUAUUUAUGUAUUUAUUUGUUUCAUUGUCUGUGUAUUUGCGUGAUUCUGGUACAGGGAGGGGGGGCGUUUCUGAGCAAAAGGGAACAAAGCGACUAGUGGAGAAGCUCUUCCAGUAGUCCACUGCACUGAGAGAACUUUUAGUACAUUUGUGCUUUGUACCGAUAUAUCAAAAUGACCAUAUUUAAAAAAA